AGACAUAACUGCGGGGCCCGGGAGUUGGCUCUCUAGACCCCGAGGGACUAACCGGGUAAGGGGCGCCGACGCCGGACCCACUCCACAAGGGCCUGAGGACUUCACGGCCGCGGGAGUGACAGCGGGAGCGGCCGCCCAGAGGGGAGUGUUUGGCCCGGGCGGAGGGCGGGCUUCUCGAGGAGCUGCGUCGCCGUCUCCGAGAGCUCGGGGUGUCCUCGGGAUAGCGGGAUCGGAACACCGGCGCCAUGAGCCCAGGAAUCUUGGGCAGAAAUACAGCUCCCAGCUAGAGUGAGGCCGGUGUACUGUCUUGGCCCAGGAUGGCUAGAGAAUCGAGGGAAAGCGCAGCCCUGGGGGCCCAGUCUGCAGAAGACCAAGCAGGGCUCCUGACUGUAAAGGUGGAGAAAGAGGAGGCCUACGCCUCGGCGGUGGAAGUGACCGCACCGGGUAGCCCCGCUCCAGGUCCUGAGCGCUCCCGCCAGCGCUUCCGGGGCUUCCGGUACCCGGAGGCUGCGGGGCCCCGCGAGGCGCUGAGCCGGCUCCGGGAGCUCUGCCGACAGUGGCUGCUGCCUGAGAUGCACACCAAGGAGCAAAUCCUGGAGCUGCUGGUGCUGGAACAGUUCCUGACUAUCCUGCCGGGAGAGCUGCAGAGUUGGGUGCGGGAGCGGCAUCCAGAGAGUGGGGAGGAAGUGGUGGUUCUGUUGGAGUAUUUGGAGAGGCAGCUGGAUGAGCCGAUGCCGCAGGUCACUGCAGGUGACCAGGGCCACAAACUGCUCUUUUGUAAGAUGGCUCUGUUGACAGCAGCUCGGGACUCAAAAAGUAGCCAAUUACAGCCCAUGAAGGCUCUACUCAAGCAUGAAUCUCUGGGAUCCCAGCUCUUACAAGACAGAGUUCUCCAGAUUCCUGGGCUUGCCCAGGGAGGGAGCCGUAGAGAAAAUGCAGGAUUAGCUGCCAGGCUCACCCCGGAGUCCCAGGGAUUGCUGAAAAUGGAAGAUGUGGUCCUGACCGUCACUCCUGGGUGGGCCCAGCUGGAUUCCUCUCAGGUGAACCUCUGCAGAGAGGAAAGGCAGAACUGUGACAGCCUGAACUCCCUGGGUGGUGAAAUACAGACUGAGAUGAGGGACUUGCCUCCAGCGGAGGAACAUCCUGUACAAGAGCCUGGGGAGAUAGUGUGCCACCUGGGUGAAGAUAUUGUCCAGAUUCCUACAGGUACAGAGGCUAGUGAACAGGAGGGCAGGUUACAAAGGAAGCAGAAAAAUGCCACAGGAAGUAGGCGGCACUACUGCCAUGAAUGUGGAAAGAGUUUUGCUCAGAGUUCAGGUCUGACUAAGCACAGGAGAAUCCAUACCGGUGAGAAACCCUAUGAAUGUGAAGACUGUGGCAAGACCUUCAUUGGGAGCUCUGCCCUUGUCAUUCACCAGAGAGUCCACACUGGUGAGAAGCCAUAUGAGUGUGAAGAAUGUGGCAAGGUCUUCAGUCACAGCUCAAAUCUUAUCAAACACCAGAGAACCCACACUGGGGAGAAACCCUACGAGUGUGAUGACUGUGGGAAGACCUUCAGCCAGAGCUGCAGCCUCCUUGAACAUCACAAAAUCCACACUGGGGAAAAGCCGUACCAGUGCAACAUGUGUGGCAAAGCCUUUAGGCGUAAUUCACAUCUUCUGAGGCAUCAGAGGAUCCACGGUGGGGAUAAAAAUGUUCAGGAUUCUGAGCAUGGAGAGUCCUGGGAAAGCCAGGGAAGAAUGGAAAGCCAGUGGGAAAAUGUUGAGGCUCCUAUAUGUUAUACAUGUACCGAGUGUGAAAGAAGCUUUACUCGGAGUAGAAGCCUUUUUGAACAUCAAAAAAUUCACACUGGUGAGAAACCCUAUCAGUGUGAUGCUUGUGGGAAAGGUUUCACCCGAACAUCAUACCUUGUUCAACAUCAAAGAAGCCAUGUUGGGAAAAAAUUGGUUUCACAGUAACUCAUGUAGUACGUGCCAAAGUUGCUACUCAUUCCUCAUUGAACUGAAGCCACACUACUAGCUCUCCUGACUAUAGAAAUUGUGGGCUGGGGCUUUAUCACAGAACAUCAUCAGAUUUUAGGAAAUAGAAAGUCCUGUUGAGAUGAAUUAUCUUCUAGAUUUUAGAAGUUGAUUGGAAAAAAACAUGUUUGAAAAGAGGCUGUGGGAGAGUUGUCUGGAGGAGUUGUCUAAAAUGGCUUGUUCUAACCAUUCAGACUUAAAUGGGCUUCCAGACUAGCUACUUGCCUUCAGCCAGCACUUUAUGACAUCUCCUAGGUAUGAUUUGGGGUCUGCUACUCUUGUCUAUUCAUUUUUCCUAUAAUGAGUCUUCUAUGAGUUGGUCAAAUUCAUGAAUUCUUACAAACCCCCACUGUGCCUUGUUUAUAGGUGCUAAUAAACAUUUAUUAAAUAAUAUUAGUGAAAUGACCUUCAUAGCACUGAAAAAAUGUAUGUUGUCUAGAUUUUUGAGAAGUUUCUAAUUAAGUCCAUUUGUGUUUGUGUCUUAGUGUCUGACAUUCUAGAUCCUGGAUCAAUCUAGUGCAUUUUUUGCCAACUACAUAGGAUUGGCAGAGUCUGUGUUCUGCAGUGAUGUAGUGCUUAUAGUAAUGAUAAACAGCUUUAUCAUUAAAACAUUGUAGGACUGCUACAUACACAGAAUUUCAUUCCUUAGUCACGUUUAAUUACAUUAUUUCACAUUAAUUUUGCUUCUCUAUAGGGAGAAAACUUUCCCAUUCAGAGUAAAAAUUCAGUUUAUCCAGACAUUAACAUGAUUAAGAAUUUUGAUAUAAAUUCUGUAAUACUCAAUAGCUUGCUUCUCACCCUUUAGCUAUGUUGGGCCUAACUGGAUACCAAGACACAAUAUUGGUCUUUUUCCCUACCUUAUAGCAGACGGUGCAUCAAGGCUUUUGCCAACUAAGCUCAAACUUCCUCCAUGUCAGAGUAGUCACACCAAAUAUUUAUAACAAGUAUCAUCUAUGGUUUCAAAACUGCCCUGUGGGUUGGGGAUAGAAAGAUAGGGUUAGAGGCAGGCCAUGAGGAUAGAACCUCAAGUGUGGGUUGUAGGAGAAGACAUAUCUGUUUAGAGGCAUGUUGGGAAUCCUGAGUGAUCAAAAGGAUUCCACAAAAUCCAAAGUUAUUAAUAUGUCAAGGCUUGAUGCUGUGAAUAAUCACAAGAACUAAGUAUUGCAUGACUUGUUUUCUCCUAAAUUACCUUCUACCACAUUUUCCAAAGACUGGUGUCUUCUUCCAAGGUGCCCAAGUACACAUGGCCAGUUCCCGACAUUGCCAGACCAAACCAUGAAUGGAUUCUGCUUCUGAAGAAUUCCCUGACUUUUGUUCCAUCACCACCAGAGUAUUCUGUGUAUUCUCAAGCACCUUUUACUUUAACUAAAUAUUUGCUAAUAGGUCAGAUCUUAAACACUCAAACUCAUUGCCAACUAGUUAUCCAUUCAUUUUUCUUUGGUAUUUAAUUCUGUUUCUUAGGUCAAAUGAAGAAAUGACUGUGAAAGCCUUUUUAUAAACCAGAAAGCAUACACAUGUAUAACUUAGUUGAGAUUAACAAAUGACAGUUGUACCUCCUGUCAUCCUUUCUUCUGAGCCAAAAAGGCUUCUCUGUAGAGGAAGGAAAUAUUGUAAAGAGAAAUACUUUUGUGUGCCUAUUCUGCUAGACAAUGGAAAGGACAAAGCAUCUGUAUACCUGUGUGUAUGUGUGUGUGUAUAUAUAUUUACAUAAACACACCUCCAUACAUCAUACAUACAAACUUGCACUUGGGCUUUCAGUAUAAUAAGACUCAUAGAACUAGUACAUAAAGCAGUGCAAUGAAAUAUCUUGUGAGUGGUAAACUAAGGGCUGGAGAAGUUCAGAGGAGAGUAAGGGCACUUCCUGCUGAGAGAGCUGUUAUGAUAUGGACAUGGUGACAUAUUUGACAGCUGAAACACAAUGGGGAACUGGUCAGAUUUAAUAAAGAGUGAAAAUAAACAGGUGGGUAGGAGCCUUCAGUGCCAGGGAGCCUCUGACAUGUUUUAAUCAAAGUAUUAUCUAGGAGAAUUUAGCUGGCAGUUUAUGUAAUUUUAAUUUUUAAAAAACAUUUGUUGAUAGUCUUUUAAUGACUAUACUUAUGUAUAAAACAAAGGUGUGUUUACAGAUAAGUGAAAUAUAAAAUGGAUUUAUUUCUAGCCUAUUUAAAAGGAUUGUCAAAAAAUAUUUUCAGAUGAAAUUAGAUCCAGUAAGAUAAGCUGAUUAGUUAAGAUAAAAGCAGUAAUGAAGUGGUGUAAAAUUUUAGCAUUAGUGUUGAUUAGUCAGCCAUUGUACUUCAUUUCUCCAACUGAAUAUUGCAGAAAUCCUCCAUUUUCUUUUUUCACCCCUUUGGUUGAAAAGUAACUGGUUACAGCAUAUUCUUUCUACUUGGGUAGAAUGAAAGGCUAUAAUGAAAAGAACUUUUGAUGAAUAGCCCUCCUAGAUUUGUUCCUAAUUUUGGCAAAAGAUCUGUAUAAUCCUGCAAAGGACUCUGUGACUCCUCUGCCUUCUUUUUAGUGGAAAAAAGACAGCAGUGACAGCUUACCACACAAGGUUGUGAAGAUCUACUUAGACAAAUAUGAAAUGCUGUGUAAAUACUCUCUAAAAGGUCAGUAAUUAGAGAAAUGGAGACUAAACACUUUACUAGCAGAAACCUACAUACUGGAAAUAGAAUUGUUUAAUAAUAAAGACUAAAUUUAAAAGCACCCGGUGACUAUGAUGUCCCAAAUCAUUUGUGUGGUACUAUCUCUUCAGUUAUUCAUGAUGAGAACUUUAACCACUAAGUAAACUCAGGCUACCUACUUUUCU